UAAUUUGUGGAUUAUUCCGUUUUCUGAUUCUGCUCAGAUCCCAUAUGCGUCUCUGAGAAGAAGCUCUCAUUUGCCCCAAUUCUCCUUGUUCGUUUCUAUCUAUGCUCUGGACACCCGCAACCGCACACCCACCUGCUCCCUUAUAAUCUCACCCAUCCUACAUUCUCAACCCCCAUUUCUGAGUCCACGGAAAGGACCAGAUAAAGACAGAGGAUCUGAAGAACCCAGAAACCCAAAAGAUAAAAGCAAAAGCAAAAGCUUUUCAGCUAUGGAGUCCACAGAGGAAAUGCAGGCUUCUUCAAAGUUAGGUUUCCGUGAGUAUGUCAAGGCUUUGGAGGAGGAGAUGCAUAAGAUUCAAGUUUUUAAGAGAGAGCUCCCUCUCUGCUACGAGCUUGUCACCCAUGCUAUUGAGAGGUGUAAGCAGCAGGUUUCAGAUACAACCGCAGAUUAUAUGCAUGGACAAUCUGAGUGUUCUCAGCAGACUUCGAGUGAGGGGCAUGUUUUUGAGGAAUUUAUUCCAUUAAAAAGGACUUCAUCUUCUGAUAGUGAGGACGAUGAAGUGCACGAGUCUCAGGAGGCUAAGGACAAUGAGAAGGAUGAUAAGAUUGCAGGAGGUGAUAAGAAAAAAUCAGACUGGCUUAGAUCUGUACAGCUUUGGAAUACAACCCCAGAUGCACCACUCAAGGAGGAAUUGCCUAGGAAGGCGUUAGUUAUGGAGGUAAAUAGAAAUGGGGGUGCUUUUCAGCCUUUCCAAAAGGAGAAAAGCAUUGGGAAGACUAAUGGACCGGUGGCUAAACAACCUUCCUCGGCUGCGGCGACUAGUUCCACCACGGACACCGUGAGCGGAAGCAGUGGUGAGAACAACAAGAAAGAAGAGAAAGAUGGACAGGGUCAGAGGAAACAAAGGCGGAACUGGUCGCCGGAGUUGCACCGCCGGUUCUUAAAUGCUCUUCAACAGCUUGGUGGUUCACAUGCUGCUACACCCAAACAAAUUAGAGAGUUAAUGAAGGUUGAUGGACUUACUAAUGAUGAAGUCAAAAGCCAUUUGCAGAAAUAUCGUUUGCACACUAGAAGGCCGACUCCAACAAUGCGCAGCAACAACAACGCCGCACACGCACCGCAAUUUGUGGUUGUGGGAGGCAUUUGGGUGCCACCCCAGGACUACGCAGCAGUGGCAGCAACCACUGCUUCCGGGGAGGCAGCCAAUAAUGGAAUAUAUGCACCUGUGGCUUCAACUCCUGCUGUCACACAGGUCUCACCACCAGUCCAAAGACUGCGGCUAAAGCAACCGGAACCCUCUCAUUCAGACGAAAGGGUCAGCCACAGCGAAGGCCGCGGUCACUCCAAUUCGACCGCUACGUCAUCCUCCACUCACACCCAUAUAUCCCCUGCGUUUUAAAUUUGUGAGAAUGGUGUAAAAUUUUUGUAACCAGCAUUGUAGAAAGUCGUUUCUGAUUUACCACCACACCCAUCAUUCUGACCUUUGUUUCUUACCCUGUUUUGUUGUUCCCUCCUGUUGUUUACGAAGUAUGAAGAUGUAGAGGUGUUGGAUACGAGGGACAGUGACAGUAGAAGUUUUGAAUUUGAAUAAGUUAUAUACAGAAUUUGGAAGCAAGACCAAAAAUAAUGUUAAUGUAAUAUUGUUUGUUAUAUCCUACAGAUGUUUUUCAGCUGA